CAGGCCCCGCCCCCAGCCCUCAGGCCCUGUGCGGGUCAGACAGGAACAAUAUGGCGCCGGGAGGAGCGUUAGCUUCUGGACCAGUCGUUGUCUGAAAGACUGGCGAUCCGGCAGGAUGAACCUCUGCGCACAAUAUCUACGACAGGCAGAGGCCCUGAAGGCUGACAUGACAGACUCGAAGCUGGGGGCGGCAGAGGUGUGGACGUCUCGGCAGGCCCUGCAGGAUCUGUACCAGAAGAUGCUGGUGACUGACCUGGAGUACGCUCUGGACAAGAAGGUGGAGCAAGACCUGUGGAACCAUGCUUUUAAGAACCAGAUCACCACACUGCAGAGCCAGGCCAAGAACCGAGCCAACCCCAACCGCAGCGACGUCCAGGCCAACUUGUCGCUGUUUCUGGAAGCAGCCAGUGGUUUCUACACACAGUUACUGCAGGAGCUGUGCACCGUGUUCAACGUUGACCUGCCGUGUCGCGUCAAGUCGUCUCAGCUCGGCAUCAUCAGCAAUAAACAGAGCAGCGGCAGCGCCAUCGUCACCCCGCAGCCCAGCUCCUGCUCCUACAUCUGCCAGCACUGCCUCGUCCACCUCGGAGACAUAGCGCGUUACCGUAACCAGACGAGCCAGGCGGAGUCCUACUACCGGCAUGCGGCUCAGCUGGUCCCAUCAAACGGUCAGCCGUACAACCAGCUGGCCAUCCUGGCCUCGUCUAAAGGAGACCACCUCACCACCAUCUUCUACUACUGCCGCAGCAUCGCAGUCAAGUUCCCCUUCCCAGCAGCCUCCACCAACCUGCAGAAGGCCCUGUCCAAGGCUCUGGAGAGCCGCGAUGAGGUGAAAACCAAGUGGAGCGUGUCAGAUUUCAUCAGGGCCUUCAUCAAGUUUCACGGCCACGUGUACCUGAGUAAGAGUCUGGACAAACUGGACGGUCUGAGGGAGAAACUGGAGGAGCAGUUUCAGAGGCUGAUCUUGCAGAAAGCCUUCAGCUCUCAGCAGCUGGUCCACAUCACUGUUAUCAACCUGUUUGAGCUCCACCACCUCAGAGACCUGGCAGCUGACGGCAGCGAGCAGAGCUACAGCAGCGAGCAGCAGAUCAGCUGGUUCCAGCUGCUCGGACUCUUCAUGUCCUUCCUGGGUGUCAUGUGCGGCCGCGCUCUGCUCAACAAGAACCGAGGGGAGGAGAUCAUGGGGGAGUGUCCUCUGCCGGCCAUUAAAGUGUCUCUGGACUGGCUCAAACUGAGACCCAGCGUCUUCCACGAGGCCGCUGUGGACAAGAGGCAGUAUAUCUGGCCCUGGCUGGUCUCCAUCCUCAACAGCUUCCGUCCCAAAGAGGACGACGUGUCCUGUUCCUCAGUGACGCCCCUGCCAGAGGAGUUUGAGCUGCAGGGUUUCUUGGCGCUGCGACCCGCUCUGAGGUACUCCCCUCCUUCCUUCAGCGGUGGGGCGGCGAAUCGGUCAGUCAGAAUGUUUCCGUGUUUUGAUGUGUGUUGGUGUUUCAGGUCCCUGGACUUCACUAAAGGUCAUCAGGGCAUCCUGGUGAACAGGGACGGCCUGCCGGUCCACACUCGACACCAGAGACUCAUCAGUCUGGGCAAAUGGGUGGCCGACAACCAGUCGGGGCUGAUCCAGUGCAGAGUGAGUGAGGACGGCCUCCUCAUCUUCAUCACUGACAUUCCAGAGCAGGCCAUCGAGGAGCCGCAGGAGAGGGAGGCGCCGGUGCUGCAGGAGUCUUCCAACGGCGAGCAGACGUCCAACGACGGCGGACACGCCGGCCUGAAGUCGGUGCUGUCGGCUGGGAAGACGCAGAGCUCGUGGCCCGACGGCAGCGACCGACCCGUCGUCACCUUCAAGGAGAACAUCAAACCCCGAGAGCAGAGCCGCGAGCCGACGCGAAACCAUCAUCUGAAAGACAGCGGCAAGGAGCGCCGCGACUUCACCAAAGGCAACGGGGCUGCUGGGAAAGGGGAGCUGAAGAGGGACGGGAAGAGGAAGAGUGAGCUGAAAAAAGCUGGUCACGAGAAAACCGCCGAUGCUGGAAAACAGGUGAAGGCGCAGACGGAGCUGAGGAAGACUCCGGUGUCUGAGGCGAAGAAGACGCCUGUCACUCAAACUCAAACCACCUGCUCCUCGCAGUUCAUCCCCAUCCAUCAUCCCGGGGCCUUCCCACCGCUGCCCAGCAGACCUGGUUUCCCUCCCUCAGCCUACGUGAUCCCCCCCCCGGUGGGGUUCCCGGGCCUUCAGGUGAAUCCGGGCUUCACCUUCUCCACUGGAGUGUCCGUCCCACCUUUCCUCCAGCCGGGCGUCCACGCCCAGGCCGGCACCCAGGCCGGGAAGCCGUCCCACAUUCCCUACAGUCAGCAGAGGCCCUCUGGUCCUGGUCCAGGUCAGGGGCCGGGGUCCUCAGGCCAGGGCCCGGGGCCCAUGAACCAGGGCCCCUCUCAGGGUCAGCAGCCCCAGACCCAGCCGCCCUCCCAGCAGGCCUUGCAGCAGUCGGUCCAGCUGCAGGUGCAGGCGAUGAGCCAGCAGCAGCAGUCUCCCACCAAACCGGUCCAGCAGGUCGGGAUGGGGAAGAGUCCACCUCACCACCCGGGGCUGCAGCAGCAGUAUAUGCAGGUCCAGGAUCAGCCGGCUCAGAUGUGGAACCAGGCUCAGGCCGCUCUGCAGAAGAUCUCUCCCAUGCAGAUGUCCAUGAAGCAGCCUCAGCAGCAGCAGGCCUUUUACAUGGCGGCUCAGGAUCCUCUCAAACUGUACGAGCACCAGCUGCAGCCGCCCAGCCAGCCACAGCUCUCCAACAUGGACAAGAAGAUCAAGUACCCCAACGUCAAGAUGCAGGACUUCUACUGGGAGCCGUCGUACCGGAUAGGGGACGGUCUGGCUGUGAUGGCGGACAGGAUGAAGAGGCCUCCGCCGGGCGGUAUCUGUUCUGAGCAGGACCCCUCCGCCGGGCCCCGGGGACCCCCGUUUGAGGACAACAAGAGCUCGCCCCUUCUACCUCCUGACCUGUUAAAAACUCUAGCAGAUUUUGAGGAGGAGGAGGAGCUCGUCUUUACUAAGCCUCCUGAUUUCUUCCAGGCGUUGGCUGGUCCUCUUAGCACUGCUCCUGGACCAAACCUAUUUCUGCCAAACCAGACCAGGAUGGAGAGCGGCCCCGAGGUCAUCAGCCAGUCAUCUUCUCUCCUGCCCAUAUCUGGUUUCCCCAUGCAGGAAUACAACCAGAACAGCAUCUUCAGUCAGGCCUACGGCAAGAACCUGCCGCCCAGCUCCAAGCCCGACGCUCCCAUGAUGCACCAGGAGCCGUCCCUGUACUCCCUGUUCGAAGGGACUCCCUGGUCCCCCUCCCUCCCUGCCAGCUCAGAUCACUCCACCCCGGCCAGCCAGUCCCCUCACUCGUCCAAUCCCAGCAGCCUGCCGUCCUCCCCGCCGACACACAACCACGGAGCCAUGCCUUUCUCUAACUUUGGGCCCAUAGGCACUCCGGACAGCCGGGACCGCAGGGUGGUGGACCGCUGGAAGGCCGACAAGACUGGAGCGGUCAGCGGGUUCGGUCUGGACUACCUGCCGACUGCGGCCUCCUCUGCAGGUUCGGACACCAGCUGGCACCAGGCCGGACCGGCCGGCAGCUCCUGGACCAAUCAGGAGUCUCCUAUGGAGGAGUCGUCCUCCACCGUGCUGCUUGACAGCCUCAAGUCGAUCUGGUCGAGCUCCAUGAUGCAGCCGGGCCCGUCGGCGCUGGAGCAGCUCCUCCUGCAGCAGAAACAGAAGCAGCAGCGAGGUCACGGCGCCAUGAACCCGCCUCACUGAACGGCAGGCCAGGGCGGCGCUUUGUGUUCGGACAUCAACAAAACCACCACCAGGAGAAACGGGAGGAAAUAUAAAACAGAAGUUUGAUGAAGACGAGCUCCAACUAAAAUGGAAAAUUAAACCGGUGAGAAACGGUGGAGGCUGGGGAGGCGACACGACCCCCCGACGAGGCUGAAACACCACCCCCCACCCCCCUCGGCUGUCGAGGAGCGGUGACGCCCCUCCUGGACCGGAGGGUGCGGGAUCUCUUCAACCGCGGUGCCACACGCCACGCCACCGCUGGGUUUCCUUCAACCCGUGGAAAUCUGAACAUUGAGGAACAUAACCCCCCCCUCCCCCGUCUCACCACCACUGCCCCGCCCCAGGUUUUGGACAGGCGCCACAUCUCCACAACUCCUCUCUCACGUGGAAGAACUUCUUCUGUCUUUGGAAUAAAAAAUAAACCGACCUCCCGGACGUCUUGCUCGGUCCGGUCGGAGCGCCUGUUUUUAGCGUCUCCGCCGCCGCAGACUGAAAGGGGGAGGGGGGUGUUGUGAGAGCGAGGACUGCGUGGUGACCGGGUUCAGGGGGGAGGUCAGGUGAAGCAUCGGGGGUCAAAAUAGACUGGACUUUCUGAUCUCUCAUUCAUUUUCAUUACUGAGGAGGAGGAGGAGGAGGAGGAGGAGGAAGGCUCUCUGUAGCUUAGUGGUUGAAUGAAGGAAGGAAAGGAGGUUUGGGUUGGUACAGCUAUAUAAAUAUAUAAAUAAAUAUAUAUUGCCAUAGUUGGACUUUAAACGGGCCUUGUCUCUUAGCCGUGGUGUGAGAAUGAGGACCGGACGCUGCUUUGUGAAGCCAGGUGUGUAACGUCACCUGGACUGAGCGCUCGCUCGCUGCCCGACCUUUUUGAAGGAGGAGACCCGACGACGGGACGGCUUCGUGGUGCCAGUAAACUUCACAGGAAAGAAAGAAGUACAAGGGAGGGGGGGGCUAAGAACAUAAAAACCCUGUCACACUUAGGGAUAGUAUUACCGUUAGCUUCAAGAGAUUGCAGAUAUUAACAAAAAAAAAAAAACUGUAUUUUGUGAUUUGUUCGUAGCAGUUUUAGCUUCACGCCCUCUGAGGUGAAUACAGGUAUGUCUAUUAGCUUCCUGCUUGAAUAUUUUCGGGGUUCUCUUCCUCUCCGGCCUCUUCUUCCUGUUAUUUCUUUACUUAAUGAAGAAAAAAAAACAAAAGAUGUAACCCUGCUCGCUUACUUAACCUGCAUUUACUGUUUCUUUAUGUUCAUGUUCUGCCUUUUUACUAGUUUUAAGCAGCUCUGUCGGCUCCUCUGUGCCUGCUCACUGUCCCAUUACUACUGACUACUGUAAAGGUUAGCACGAGGCCACAGACAGACAGGUGUAUACAGGUAGUUGGCUCAGCCUGAAUGUUUUCCACUAUCUUUUCUUCAAUAACCACUACUGUUUGUUAUGAAUCGUAGCGUCUGGAAGCCCUGCAGCUCUGCAUCUAUUUAACCUGUAACUGAAGCUCCUGUUCAACCUAAAAGUCCCGGGAACUGCGGAGCCACAAGAACCAAACUCAGGAACUAAAAGCACCUUUUUUUGUGCGCUAACAUUUGCAUUUUCUCCACAUGAAAACUAAGCGAUUAAUCCUGUAACGGAUUGGGGGAAAAAAGCAGUUUGCAAUUCUCUCACAAACGACAGCACGAUCCUUGUUGUUCAGGGCUGCCUGCAGCUAACGGUUAUUUUCUUGAGUGAUUGAUUUAAUACUUUGGUUUAUAAAAUGCUUGUUUUUUUUGUCUGAUCAGGAGUCCAAAAGCCAAAGAGAUUCAGUUUACUAUCACAGGAGAAAAGAAAACCAGAUGAUAGAACCUGUGCGUUUUUGCUUGAAAAAUAUCCUAAACAGUUAAUCAAUCAGCAAAAUUGUUGAUAAUCGACUUGCCGCUCUAAUCAUUUUGUCUAAAAAAAAAAAAAAAAAAAAAAAAAAAUGUAUAAAGUCUUCAAAUUGCUUGUUUUGUCUGAUCAACCAUCACAAACUUGAAAAUAUUCAGUUUAUUGUCAUUUAUGACAAAGUUUUCCCGUUUGAGCAGCUGGAGCCAACAAACGUUCAGGACCGACGUAGUUCUCUUUCACCUCCGUUUGCUCGACAGGCAGAGGCGACAAGUGCUGGUCUAGUUUUACAGUUUGUUUAUUUCUGCUUUAGCACGUAGCGAUCAGCAGCGCUCUGAACAGCAAACUGCACCCUGAUAGUUCCUGGGCCGUCUGACGCGGACCCAGGAAGUAAAAGUAAAGUUUCUGAGUUCCCUAAAAAGGUUCCUGAGUUCCUGAACGGUUCCUGUGGUGGAGACGGGCCGGGAGGGUUGAGUUGAGCUUCGGGGUUUUAUUCUGUGGUUUCACCUUUGUAGAGCAUUUACAUGCCGUCAGUCCUGGUUGUUUUUAGAGCCAAUCAGAAAGCAGCGAGUGACAGCUGACCAAUCAGAGCGCUCGGAGGCUCCAACGUGACGGUUUAGACUGCAGCACUGUAAGAAACUUCCUGUCCAGUGUAAACCAGCAGAAAGCUGUUUUUCUACCUUUAAAAAUGAAACAAACUCAUCGUUUAGUUCCAAGGGAUUCAGAAAAAAAAAGAAGCCUGUUUUUAUUUUCCCGUCGAGGGCGUUUUAUUAAAGCAGACUUCAAAGAGACGUGUCUAUUUUCCGUGUGAUUGUGCUUUUCAUGUUGCAUUUACAAAAUGUAUUUGAAAAAUAAUAAAGAUAAAAUAUUAAUGAAUGUGAGGACGAAUUUGGCCAGAAGCGUCAAGGAGAGAGGAGAAAAAAGUGUUUUCAUGUUUGAGGCUCACCACGUGGAUCUGAGCUGGUCCUGGUUCUGGUUGCCUUCUUGGUUUUUUUUUUUUUGUUUUUUUUGGAGUAAGAACUAAAUGGACCGGGAUCUGUCAGUGACGUUCCGCUCCGUCAGAUGUUGGGGAGGUUUCAGGGCGGCUGGAGCUCUGAUGACAGGAAGCAUUGGUUCAGAUCUGAGCUUUGACCUUUUUGUUUCUGUCUCUCUGUAGACUUUCAGAACUGGUGGAAUCGGCCUUUAAAUAAACGUAAACUAUGUUCUCCCUUGA